CUCUGCUGGGGUCUGCGUCUGCUAGCUGAAGAAGCUGAACAAGCGAAAGGAGUCUCUUCCCUUGGUGCAUAGGUCCCCGUUGGCAGAGGCUUUGAGUCCUAGUCGCCACAGCUGACGGCUGCGAGGGAUUGAGACCAGAGCAUUCCUUUGGAAAUGAGUUGCACAAUUGAGAAGGCAUUGGCUGAUGCUAAAGCCCUUGUUGAAAGAUUGAGAGACCAUGACGAUGCAGCGGAAUCUUUGAUUGAGCAAACCACAGCUCUCAGCAAGCGAGUAGAAGCUAUGAAGCAGUAUCAAGAGGAAAUUCAAGAACUAAAUGAAGUUGCAAGACAUCGGCCACGGUCCACAUUAGUUAUGGGAAUACAGCAAGAAAACAGACAAAUCAGAGAAUUGCAACAAGAGAACAAAGAAUUACGUACAUCCCUGGAAGAACAUCAGUCUGCCCUGGAACUUAUAAUGAGCAAGUAUCGAGAGCAAAUGUUUAGAUUGCUAAUGGCUAGCAAAAAAGAUGAUCCGGGUAUAAUAAUGAAGUUAAAAGAGCAACACUCCAAGAUUGACAUGGUGCAUCGUAACAACUCCGAAGGAUUCUUCCUUGAUGCAUCUCGACACAUCCUUGAAGCACCUCAACAUGGACUGGAGAGGAGGCACUUGGAAGCAAAUCAGAAUGAAUUACAAGCACAUGUUGACCAGAUAACUGAAAUGGCAGCAGUAAUGAGGAAAGCCAUUGAAAUCGAUGAGCAGCAGGGUUGCAAGGAACAGGAACGAAUAUUACAACUCGAACAGGAAAAUAAAGGCUUGAGAGAGAUCCUUCAGAUAACUCGAGAAUCGUUUUUGAACCUUAGGAAAGAUGAUGUGUCGGAAAGUACAUCUUUGUCAGCAUUAGUGACCAAUAGUGACCUGAGUCUGAGGAAGAGCUGAAGAGCUUUUAAGUCUGUGAACUUCUUACAAGGCUCCACGUAGUCACUGGGACUGGCCUAUUAAGUGAAUGAAUUAACAGAAAAGUCCAUCUCAAGCUACACUUUGUUUUAUUUUUUUCUAUGAUAUGUACAGUGCACUGGCAAUGACAUUUUAAAAGAUAGCAACAAAAAAAUGCAUAGUUAAUGGUCAUAGACUUUAUUCCAAAAUAUAAUUGAGAAAUAGAAACUAAGCCUUUGUUAACUGGUAAACAAGUUGAAGAUUUUCACGGUGACCGCUAACAUAUUAAGAGCUUUCAGAAGUGCUGUUGGCUUUCUGGAUGAUACUUGAAUAAACAAGAAUAUUCCCAACAAAUGUCUGGGAAUUCAUCAAAUUAUCCCAAUUUUAAAGUGCAGAUUUUGCCACAAUACUAUGAAUGGAAGACCAUCAUACUAAAUUAUAUCCUCCCUAUUUGGUGGAAGUUAACAAACAGCUUGUGUACCAUGAGACUUCAGCUUUAGUGAUUGCCUGUCUACCUUCUCCUUAAUUCAAAUUUUUGUCAAAGAAAGUUCAAUUUGAAAGGCUGUUAGGAAUGUUUUACAUGCACCAUCAACAAAGGAGGUAGUUUAAUUUUACCUAAUUUAUCAUAAUUAAUACUGAGCUAGCAGUUAUCCAUGACUUGCUUUAGUAUAUGAACUACCAUUUCAGGAAUGAAAGAAAAGGAAAUACUACUUUCUAAGAAAGAAGAUCUUAUAAGAGACAUAUUCAGUAGGUUAAACUACUCUUUUGAAAGAAUACAUUUUGGUUCUAAAUCAAUAAAGAAGAUGAGAUUUUUGUCUUCUCUGGUUGAUCUUUAAGGAUAUUACGUAGUUCAUUUAGCUAACAGUUGACAUGUUUGAUAUAGCAAGCUAGGUGUGGUAAUUUCAAAGUAAAUUGGAAAUUCCUCUGCCUCAGAACCUUUUUUUAAAGUAAUUACUCUUAAGAGAUACAGAAACAGUAAAUUAAAAUUUUAAAAGAUUUUUUUUUCUAGAUCUAUUCUUAAGCUCCAUCUAGUCCUCAAUCUCUGUUUCUUGUAACCUUUCAGUCAUCGGUCUGGAGGGUGACAGAAGGGGGAAAUCUGGAUUUAAAAGUAUUUGUUUUAUUUUUUACAAAAUAUAUAUCCAGUGUAUAAACUUUUAAAAGCCUCUAGAAAUAGAAAUGUGCUUUAACAUCAAUUGAAAUCUAAAUUUUUCAUAUUUUGUCGUGAUUGUAGAAGAAAAGGAUAUGUGUGUCAAAUAUGGUUAUUAAAUAUACUCUACUCAUUUAUUCUAAAUAUAUUAAAUUAGCAUGAUAGAAAAUUCUACUUCAGAGUAUAAAAUUUGUUAAAGUAAUAUCCACAUUAUUCACAUGGUAACUUUUAUGUAUAAUUUCAUGUAUUGGGAAAAUUCAAAACUACUUUUCACUUUGGAAUUUUUUUAUCUUAUGUUUGGGUUAUGUGGGGUUGAUGGGACUGAUUGAAUAGAAAAGAGCUAAUGACCCAAACAGUAAAUAGAUUUCUUUUCUCAUUCAGAGGCCUUAAUUUAUAUUUUAUAAACAAGUGACAGUUUUUAUUUUUAAACUUUUCUAUUGAUUUUGGGGUAAGUGCCCUUUAAUUUGGUGGCACAUUCAUUCAUAGAGUUUUUAUCCUGAGUCAGAACUAAAAUAAGCUACACAAUUGAGAUUUAAGUCUGAGGCAGUUCAUUAGGGCAGCUCUACUAUAAAACAUUAUUUGUUAAAUAAUUAUUUUUGUAAACAAAUAAGUUGAGUUAAUUUAUUCUUGGUCUUCUUACUUGGGUGUUACUUUAAGAACUUGGUGUUUUGAAGACAUUUACUUUGUUAUAUAGAAACAGUGUUUUAGCCCAUACUUUUUAAGCAGAAACUUAAAUUUAUGUCUGAGAACAUGUACUGCUAGGAACCUAUUUUAUCAGUAAUAAAGAUGAGUAAUUAAAAUUGA